AUGUCGGCAACAUCGCUACGCAUCCUGCUGGUAGGCAAUGGUGGCCGAGAGCACACUCUGGCCUGGAAGUUGGCUCAGAGUAGUCACGUUGAGCUCAUCCAUGUAGUUCCUGGCAACGGAGGCACGGCUGGGGUUGCAAAAUGCUCAAACAUCACAAGCGUCUCGCCUGAUGACUUUCCCGCGCUCGUCGAACAUGCCAAAGCCAACAACCUCAACUUCCUCGUGCCAGGCCCUGAAGCACCACUAGUUGCCGGAAUAGUUGACUACUUCAAGGAGCAUGCGCCCGGAAUCCGUUGCUUCGGACCCAGUGCAUCUGCUGCUCGGAUGGAAGGUAGCAAGACGUUUUCCAAAGAUUUCAUGAAAAAGUGGAACAUUCCCACGGCCCGCUACGAAAACUUCAGUUCUUACGACGCCGCUCGCCAACAUCUAGACCAGAUUGAUUACCGUGUCGUGAUCAAGGCCGACGGCCUGGCUGCUGGUAAGGGUGUCAUUCUCCCGAUUUCCACCGAGGAGGCACAGACUGCCCUCAAGGAGAUCAUGCUCGACAAGGAAUUUGGUGAUGCUGGAAACAGUGUCGUUAUUGAAGAAUUCCUUGAAGGUGACGAGGUCAGCAUCUUGUCUUUGUCAGACGGCCACGCAAUCCUGUCGUUACCGCCGGCGCAAGAUCACAAGCGAAUCGGAGAUGGUGACACCGGUCCAAACACUGGUGGUAUGGGAACAUAUGCCCCAACGCCUGUUGCGACCCCCGAAUUACUGGCUGAGCUCGACAAGACCGUCCUUCAGCCGACCAUUCAGGGAAUGCGAGAGAAUGGUAUGCGAUUCGUCGGAUGUCUCUUUACCGGCUUCAUGCUCACCAAAGCCGGACCCCGUGUGCUUGAGUACAACGUCCGUUUCGGUGACCCCGAAACUCAAUCAUGUCUCGCCCUACUAGAGUCUGAUCUGGCUGAUCUUAUGCUGGCAUGUACAGACGGGAAAUUGUCGAGCCGCUCUCUUGUCGUUCGACCCCUCAGCGCUUGUACCGUCGUCGUUGCAGCCGGCGGCUAUCCUGGCUCAUAUGCCAAAGGCACGCCAAUGGAGGUCGCUGAUGUGAGCCAAAGCAACGGUGCCCAUUAUUUCCACGCUGGUACUGCUCUUCAACAAGAUCAAUUGAAGACAAGCGGCGGUCGUGUCAUUGCCGCCACUGCGACAGGCGAGACACUCAGGGAAGCCGUGGAUAAGGCUUACAAGGCCGUCGAGGGCAUCCAAUUCGAGGGAAUGCAGUACCGAAAGGACAUUGCUCAUCGUGCUCUGAAGUGA